AGUCUAAUUAAAAAAAAAAACCCUAGCUGCCCCACCACCACCGGGAUCACCAACGUUCGCCGCCGUACACGAUCACCACCGUGACCGUGAUCACCACUAGUAGAAGAAAUUAGAAAAAGAAAAAUGGCUAUAGAGCGGUUCAAAAAUAGCUACAAGUCACCAUUGUGUUACACAAGUAUUUUUGCCAUUCUCUUUUUUGUUUGCCUCAAUACUCAAUUUAAUUUCUUCACUUUUUCUUCUAUAAAACCCUAUUUUUUCUCUCCCUCCCCGUCCUCACCACCGACUACCCGCCAUGUGAUGAACAAGGAUGAGAGUAGUGUGGAGGAAAGGUUAUCUAGGGCUCGUGCCGCGAUACUAGAAGCCGGUCAAACGAGGAGAUAUAAGAUGCCAUGGCGGUUUAACAACCGGACUUUCGUUCCAACCGGAUCGGUUUACAGAAACCCUUAUGCCUUUCAUCAGAGUCACAUAGAGAUGGAGAAGAAUUUCAAAGUGUGGUCAUACAAGGAAGGAGAAGUUCCCAUUUUCCAUGGAGGACCCAUGCACAAUAUCUACUCCAGUGAAGGCCAAAUCAUUGACGAAAUCGAGAGUCACAAGAGCCGGUUCUUUGCACAAAACCCCGACGAAGCUCUUGUGUUCUUCCUUCCCGUCAGUGUGGUCUACAUUCGGCAUUAUCUGUAUAGAACUCGUGCUGACUAUGAUCGUCGAAUCAUCCAGAAUGUGGUUACCGAUUAUAUUGGAGUUUUGUCCGAAAGAUAUCCUUAUUGGAAUAGAAGCAGUGGAGCUGAUCACUUCUUUGUUAGCUGCCAUGAUUGGGCACCUGAAGUCUCGGCGACGAAUCCUAAACUCUACGAAAACUUCAUGAGAGUACUUUGCAACGCGAAUAGUUCAGAAGGUUUCCGACCAGAAAGAGAUGUCUCCUUACCGGAACUCAACAUUCCUUACGAGAAACUUGGACCACCCCUCACCGGCCAACCACCUGAAGAUCGUUCGGUCCUUGCAUUUUUCUCUGGAGGUAACCACGGUCACGUCAGAAAAUACCUAUUUGAAACUUGGCUUGGAAAAGACGAAAAAGUCCAAGUCUUUGAUUACCUCCCAAAGACUCUAAAUUACUCUGAAUUAAUGGGUAAGGCAAAGUUUUGUUUGUGUCCCAGUGGUUGGGAAGUAGCAAGCCCAAGAAUCGUUGAAUCGAUAUCUGCAGGUUGUGUUCCUGUGAUAGUCUCGGAUUAUUAUGUGCUGCCCUUUAGUGAUGUUCUUGACUGGACCAAGUUUUCGAUUCAUGUUCCUGUGAAACGAAUACCGGAAAUCAAAGAGAUCUUGGAAGGUAUAAGGAUGGAUGAAUACUUAGAAUUGCAGAAAAUGGUGAUGAAGGUGCAAAGGCAUUUUAUCAUUCAUAGACCAUCAAGACCAUAUGAUUUGAUUGAUAUGGUGCUUCAUUCUGUUUGGCUAAGAAGACUCAAUGUCAAACUUUCAUAAUGCAUGUAUUGCUCAUAAUCUGAGUGUUGUCUAUUUUGUACUCCAUCUAUAACACAAUUUUAUUUUCCUAGCUUGUUCA